AUGAUACCGGCAGUGCAGCUCAUCUUCAUGAUUUAUCUUUGCCCGGAAAGUCCACGUUGGUACAUGAAGAUGAACAGGCCGGCUGAUGCAUUUGCGUCGCUGCAGAGGUUGCGGUUCACCAAGCUACAGGCUGCUCGCGAUCUGCUACUCAUACACAUUGCUCUCGAGACAGAUAAGAGCCUAUUUGCUCACAGGGGAAGUGCAUUGAAGCGCUUCCAGGAGUUGUUCACAAUUCCCAGGAUACGGAGGGCCAAUCUGGCCGCGGCGACGAUUAUGCUGGCCCAACAAAUGUGUGGCAUUAAUAUCAUAUCGUUCUACUCGUCAUCGAUCUUCGUCGAAUCCGGAUUCUCUGAGCAGAGGGCACUGUGGGCAUCAUGGGGCUUUGGACUGGUGAACUUCACUUUCGCUAUCCCCGCCCUGUGGCUCAUCGACAGCUACGGUCGUCGAACCCUUCUGCUCACCACGUUCCCGCACAUGGCAUGGACCUUGCUUGCAGCGGGGUCCUGUUUCCUCAUUGGAGGCGACGGAACGGCUCGACUUGCCCUCAUCGCGCUCUUCAUCUUCUCAUUCACGGCCUUCUACAGCAUUGGCCUCGGUCCCGUUUGCUUCGUCUACGCGGCAGAGGUUUGCCCUUUGUCCCACCGAGAACUUGGUAUGGCCUGGAGCGUCGUUAUCAACGCUGUCGGGGCUUCCAUCUUGGGACUGACUUUUCUCUACAUGCUGUCUGCGCUCACUCCGACGGGGGCGUUCGGCUUCUACUGUGGCUUGAACAUAUUAGCUCUACUUAUGAUCUUUGCCUUCUUGCCUGAGACCAAGCAGUUGACGUUGGAGGAGUUGGAUGUAGUGUUUGCUCGGGAAGUUGUGUUUGAGUCAAUUUCUCACGGAUCCUCGUCACAGGAUAUGUAA